AUGAUAUCAACUAGUGGACUUAAACGUAAAUCAUCUUCAUCAUUAGAUAAUAGUAAUGUAAUAACAACACCUAAUCAUAAUUCAAUAUCAACAUUAACAAAGAGAUUCCGUGGUAUUGCUUAUGAUGGAAAGAACAAUCAGAAUGAACAUCGAAUGUCAUUAUUAUCAUCAAAAAUUAAAUCUGAACAAGAAUCGAAAAAGAUGAUGAUUAUCAACGGUACACAAAAUAAUACUUAUAAACGAUUAGAUGAAUCUGAAAUGACACCACAUAUGCUUACUGAAUAUCGUCGUCUUCAACAUGAAUUACAAUGUCAAGAGGCUCUACUUGUUCUUAUGCAAAAGCUUAAAACAAAUCAAAGACUUAUAUCACAAACAAAUAACAAUAAUAAUAAUAAUAAUGGUAUAAAACCACGAACAACGACAUCAACAACAACGCCAGCAACAGCAACAAAACUAAAUCAACAAUUAUCAUCAAUAACAGAUGGAAAAAUUCCAUUAACAGCAACUAAACAACAAUCAAUUAAUUCAAAUCGAUCAACACCAACAAAACCACCUCAUCCGAAUCAAUAUACUGUUAAUCGUUCAAAUAAUAAUUCACAAAUAUCCCAACAACAAUCAUCAAAAAAUUCUCUAUCGACACCUCAGGCUACUCGUCAGUCAAAUAAUAAUAAUAAUAAUAAUCAUAGUACUAAUAAUACCGCAUUACCAGCAGCCGCAACGCGUAUAUCAUCAACAGUACCUACAUCAGCGACAAAAAAUUCUUCUGUUACAUCAACUACAAGCAGUUCAUCAAAAAGUAAUGGUGUUGCUGCUGAACAACAUUUAUUAAAUGCUAAAUUAGCAUUACGUAAACAACUCGAACAAACUUUAUUACAGAUUCCAACACCUAAACCGUCCAUAUGUGAUUUAACAUUUAUUCCUGGUGUUAAUGGUUGGUCUGAAUUUCUUACUUUUCUUGGACUUGAACAAGCACUUAAUACAUACUCAGAUAUUGUUAUUCGUCGUAAUCCAUCUGAAAUUUCAAUGAAUUUGCCAUAUGUAUGUGCCCAAUGUGGUACGGAUUGGUCUGUAACAUGGCAUGAAAUGUCAUCGAAUAGUGAUACAAAUUCUGAUGAAAAAAUUUUAUGUGAUCGUUGUACAAAAACAUCACAGAAGAAAUUACUUAAACAAGAUCAUUCAAAUCGUUUACGACAAGCAUUUAUUAAAGCAUUACAACAAGAGAAAGAACUUGAUGCUAAAUUUCAACAUCAAUCAUCGCCAUCAACGGCGACAAUAACUACGACUACUACGCCAACUACAAAUAAUACCGUCACACCGACAACAGUUAAACAAUCGUCAUCUUCUCAACAACAUAGUAGUAAACAUACGCAUCAAACAAAUAAACAUUCGAAUAAACCUUUAUCAACAAAAACAAGUUCACAUCAUCAUCACCAUCAUAAUAAUAAUAAUAAUAAUAGUACACAUAAUAAUAAUCAUCAUUCUCAUUCACAUCAUCAUCACCAUCAUCAUCAUAGUGGGAAAAGUAAUAGUAGUAGUUCAUCGAAAAGUCAUAAUGCUAAUCUUUCAACAAUUCCAACAUUAACUCCAACACCAGCUGAAACAUUAGCAUCAACAUUAGCUGCAUUACAAACAAAUGAACAAAUGGAAUUUUUUCAAAAACAUUUUUUAUCCAAUAUGCUUCCGUAUGCUGUUGCUAAUCAAGCAGCAGCACUUGCGGCUAAAUCAAGUCAACAACAACAACAACAAGCAGCUUUAGCAGCAUUACCAGCAAUGGCUGCUUCACUUAUGCGUCAACCAAAUCCAGCUCAAUAUUUACUUGAUAUGAUACCACAAGCAGCUAAACAACAACAUCAUCAUCAUUCGAAAUGA